AUGCAGACUGCUUCUACAAACAUUUGUGAAAGAAUGAGUCGCUCUCAGGAGCUCCGUGAAUUCAAGUGUGGUACCGUGAUAGGAUGUCACCUGUGCAAUAAGUCCAUCCAUGAAAUUUCCUUGCUACUAAAUAUUCCACGUUCAACUGUUAGUGGUAUAAUAACAAAGUGGAAGCAACUGGGAACAACAGCAACUAGUAAAAUGCCAGAGUGGGGUCAGCACAUGCUGAAGUGCACAGUGCACAGAAGUCACCAGAGUCAAUAGCUAAUGGCCUCCAAACUUCAUUUCCAGGGAAGGAAACUCUUAAGGCGUCAGCAUACCAAGACAUUUUGCACAAUUUCAUG